GGUUGCAUGCUUCCGCAGAGCUGCAGAUCUUGGCCACAGCUCCCUCCCCCCUACCCCCACCCUACUCCGUGGAUGGAAAGCAGGCUGAAGAGUGGCAGGAACCCAGAGAAGAGCUUGCUGCAAAUCUCUGUGACCUGGAGGGGACAAGUAGAUUUGGGGGGGCCUAUCCUUGGACUUCAGCUACCUGCAAUGCUGCCUGCAGAAGGUGGUGCUAGGGGCAGGAGCCUGGACCUGUCCCCCUGUGGCUCAGGACCCCCAGAAACAACAAAAGACAUCUUAGUGAUACAUGAAGACGAUGUGGAGGAAUGGGCUUUCUACCUGAGGGAAAUAUUUCUACAUGUGGUAAAACAAGAAGCAAUCCUAUUGUAUCCCUUAGAGACUUUCUCUCUUAGGCCUCGGGAAUUGCUAAGUUUAAAUUCUUACAAAUGUAAACUUUUGAUAAUAUCAAAUCGCCUGCUUAAAGACCUAACUCCAAAGAAAUGUCAGUUUCUGGAAAAAGUGCUUCACUCACCAGAAAGUGUGGUGACUUUGCUUUGUGGGGUAGAGAGCGCAAAUCAGCUGUACAAAUUAUUACAUAUUUCCCAGAGCAGAUGGGAAAUGUCAACUGAGCAGGAACCCGAUGACAUCAUCUCUGUAAUCAAGCAAAUCAUAUUCAGAGAAUCCGAAGGCUACCUUGAGGUCAACACUCAAGCACACCUAAGAAUGCAACAUUCUGGGGAAAACCAUGAGAGAAAGGAAAGGAAAGAUUCAGAGGUUUCAACAAGUACCGGUCCUCUGGCACUGGUGCUUCCUAAUGAAAUCCAAUGUGAGAAUCCUGGUGAGAUAUUCAUUCUGCUGAGAGACGAAGUAAUUGGUGAAACUCUGGAGAUUGAAUUUAUGUCAAAUUAUAAGCGCAUUAUAAAACAGCCAACACGUUGGAAUAAGAAAGUUUGGAGUAUGAAAGCUUUGGAUUUCCCAGCUGGCUCAGUCAUUGUCAAAGUCUAUUGUGACGGGAACAUAAAGGCCACAACAGAAAUUAAAUACUAUACAACAGCAAAGACUAAGGAAUGCCCAUUGUCCAUGGCCAGCUUAGGGGACAGUUUGUGCCAGGGUAACAUGGAAGACCUGGAUGGCAUUCUUGCAGCCAUAUUCAAACAUGAGAUACCAUAUUAUGAGUUUCAAUCUCUUCCAACUGAAAUUUACUCUAAAGAAGAAUAUACUCAUGUCAAAGAACUUCCAACUCUUCUCCACUGUGGAGCCAAAUUUGGCUUAAGGAACCUGGCUACUCAUUUGCUUCAAUGUCCAGGAGCAAGAUGGGCAUCUCAGACAAAAAACACAGAUGGUUUCGAUCCAGCACAUAUCGCUGAAAGGCAUGGUCACAAAGAACUCAAGAAAAUCUUUGAAGAUUUUGCAAUCCAAGAAGCUUAUAGUAAUAAUGAGCAAGAAAAUGACUAUAAGGAAGAUUUUAUCUCAUUCACUACAUAUUCACCCUCCACACAGUACUCAGCAUGUCAUCAUGGAAAGAGGAAGGCACACAGAUCAACUGUAAAUGGAGCGGAGACAUCUGAAAGGGCAAUGGAAGGAAAGGAGAAUGAAUCCAGUGCAGAAGCAAAGCACAGCCAACCAGAAGUUGACACCAACAGUUCUGAGAACCAGUAUGAUGACUUGUAUGUGUUCAUUCCUGGAAUUAAUCUAGAAAACAAUCCUCAACAGCCACUCACCUGUGGCAGACCACCUCUACCCCCACCAAGACUUGUAUCUCCUGCCUCCCAACUAGAAAGACCUCACUUCAAGAUACAGGCAGGGAAAAUUGUAGAAGACCAAAUGGAAAGAAGGGAAAUUUGGAGUGAUCCAUUCAACGUAAAACAGGACACAAGGGAUGAGCCCAAAGGAGAAGAAGAGGAAGAGGAUGAAAAGGAGCAGGAAGAGGAUGAAGAUCCAUACACAUUUGCUGAGAUUGAUGACAAUGAAUAUGACAUGAUAUUGGCCCAUAUGAGUAUAAAAAAGAAAACUGGGAGUCGGUCUUUCAUUAUGAACAGACCUCCUGCUCCCACACCCCGACCUGUAAAUAUCUUUCCGAGUGAAGAGAAAACACCUUACAUCGCUCAAGUAUUCCAACAAAAGGCAGCCAGAAGACAGUAUGACAGUGACAAGUUCCAUGGUCUUCCUAAGAAACCAGACAGAGUUCAAAUGGAGAGCCCAGCCUUUCCUAUUCCAAGGGACUGUCUGACUGUUAGACAGGAAGAACUCAUCUCCCUUCAGGAGAAAGUCAAGAAUGGCAAAAUGUCUGUGGAUGAAGCCCUGGAGAAAUUUAAACACUGGCAGAUGAAUGAAAGUGGACUGGAAAUGAUUCAGCAGGAAAAACUACGCCAACUACGAGAUAGCAUUAUUGGGAAAAGACCAGAAGAAGAAAAUGUGUACAAUAAACUCAGCAUUGUGCAUCGUCCAAGUGGUAACACUGCCCACAAUGAAAAUAUGUUAUACAGAAUUCCCUUCAGCAAUGAGCUUCCUGCUCGACUCCAAGUUGAAAAGGAAUUUGGAUUCCUCAGCAGUAAAGAUCAUUAAAUAAGAUUAUUAUAACGGAACUCAAGGAUCUGCAGACAUUUUGCUUUCCGGGAGAAGCAAGCUUGUGUUUGGAUGGCUUGCUCUCUGAGAGACAGAGUUAUACAAUGAAAGAAAGCAGAAACUAGCACAUGGAUUUAUUACACCUGCUUCAACUGAGAAUGUCUAUCAAUGUUAAGUCAAAGACCAGUAACAGUCACUGAAAAUCCUUACAUUUUACAGCACACUUUGCCACUGAAACCACUCAUUUUGAAUAUUAAACAAAAACAAGGACAAAGAAGUGAAAUGUGGUGUCUUACAGAUACAGAGCCUGCUUAAAGGAUUAACUUUUUGGGAUCAUUUCUCCUCUUAGAAUAGCUAUAAAAAUAUAAAUUUACUUAGAAUCUAUUUGCCGUUUAAAUGAGAGGUUUGCUGUCUACUUUUCUCACAUUCUGAGGUUUAUAUAUUCUUGUUGCAUCAUGCUUGCAGAAACCUUCCUUUAUUUAGUGCCUCUUCGCAUGUAACCCUGAGAACAUUGUACUUUUGAGAAAACUUUACAUUUUUCUUUUCUCUUUUAUUGGUAUUUUUAAUGCUGAGGAAUCAACCACAUGGCCUCACACAUGAUAGUCAACCAUCCAACCACUAAGCCACAUCCCUGUACUCAAUGCUUCUUCUUUAUACAUAUUCAUUAUACAUGUUAAGAGCUUCUCCAUAAGAUUUUCAGUCUUGCAUAAAUCACUGAUCAUACCUAUUCUACCUUCUGUUGAAGAUGACCCCUCCUAUAGCCCACCCAGGGACCUUCUCCACCCCUAAAAGUCUCUCUUCAUUUCUUUCACUAGAAUGAUGAUACAUUUGCACAACCUUACUUCCUCAUUAAAAGUAUUGCAAUUUCAACAAUCUGCUUCUUAGAAACCAUUUACCAGCUUAGAAUGCAAUGCAGUUUUGUCAUACUAUGAUUUCCAUGUAUGAAUGAUACAAAUAAAGAAUUUUAAAACUCUC